CAAACUCCAAAUGUUGACUUCAUGGAGGCUCACAGCAGCCUCGUGGUGCGCCGUAUGCCCGCUGCAACACUUCUUCUUGAGGUUCUUGAUGAUUCCUUAGUUGUGGUCUCCGCAACCGCUGCACAAAGCCGAGUCAGCUCACGCACGAUCAACACCAAAACUCUACGGUUUAGCUUAACCGCUGCAAUAGGCCGCUCCAACACUUGGCUGAAAUGAGGUAAUGUCACCUAGGAUUCUCAGCGGCUUUGCGGCAUGGCCUUUAGGCCGCUGUGAAGGCAUUAAGCCAUUGGGACACUUAUGCUCUAUUUCGUUUCUUGACCAAAAUCACUUCUUUUGUCAAAUCAAGCUCUAAAUGCUCCAAACUCACUAAAUGGCAUCUGCAACACCUGAUAUGGAUUUAUACAUGAAAAUGCAACUUAAUGAUCUCUAAAUGCUAUUCUAAAUGAUCAAUUAUAUACAUCAAUGAUAGUUAAAAUCAUGCAAAUUCAUAAUAUAUCGAUUAACAAUAAAAGAUUAGACGUUUCUUCAUUUAUUUUACAUUUAUCUUUUCUGUUGUUUAGAAUUCUAAAUCACAAGAUUGAUAUUAUUCCACUUUUUCUUCUUGGUUAGUUACCGGUCAGUCUUUUUUUUUUUGACAAAAAGUUACCGGUGAGUCUUUCGGCCAGAUUACAAACUACCUGAGUGAAUUUUUGCAACAGACAUGUUUCCCAGAACACACACCAACCGAUCUGUUAGCCACAAUUAAUGAAUUUUUCUCUCUCAUUUAGUCACGAUACUUUAACCCAAAAAUCUACUUUAACAGUUCAAAGUUUAAAGUACCUCAAACUGUAAAAGGAAAUACUAAAAGUAUGUCAUAAUGUAAAGCUUUCUGAAUUUUUUUUUGUAGCGAUGACAUAGAUAUCAUUUAGCAAGUUUUAUAUGUAGUUUCGAAUAAUUAAUAUGAAUGAGACGACUGAUUGUCAAAAAAUAUUCGAUUCUUCCUGGAAUUCUAGAUAUUAUUCAAGAUUUGGUUCAGAAUUAUCGGUUCACAAUAAAAUAAUGACACAAUCAAUUUGUGUGGAUGUGGUUGUUUCUCAACUAAGAUUGAUGUGUAAGGUACAGACUGGCGUUGGGUCGAUUAUUUAUAAAUUCACAAGAUGAGCUUUAUCAUUAUCUCUGAGGAACUGGAUUCGACCAUUGUGUUUUAUGUAUACGUAUACAUACAUUAGGUAGAGAGGGGAGUGUGGGGUCAGGUGACUCCACUAAAAUUGGAGAAAAAAAUUUUGGUGUAUUUUCUUGAAAAUUAUUGUAAUAUUUAGUUAAAAUAUAGUAUUUGACCCCACUAAUUAUGUAUAAAUAUUUAUAUGUUCUUUCUAAUUUUGUAAGAAAAAAUAUAUAUUUCUGUAAUAAUAAUAUAUACAUAAAUUUAUAUAUUAUGACCCCAGUUAAAAAUAUUUAUGGCUUUCAUACAUACUUGUCUAAUGUGUAAGUGUUUUUUGAUGAAAUUUUUCACUAACAAAAAAACCGGUAUACGUAGAAAUGGAGAACCACAUGUAAAUUGGAUGCAAAUACAUGUUCAAUUCAUAUGUUUUUUGGUGUAAAAAAAAUAAAUCUUGCGAAUAAGGAUUUCAAUAUAUUAGUAUAAUCCUUUAGGGAAGCUGUUCAUUUAUUUGUGAAUUAUCAUAAAACUCAGCAUUUAGUACCUAAGAUGAUGAUGAUGAUGAUGAUGAUGAUGAUGAUAAUAAUAAUAAUAAUAAUCUCUCUGUUUCAAAAUAAUUAGUUUUUAAAGUUUUUACCGAUUAAUUAAAUACAAAUUUUAUUCAAUUUAUUUCGUUUACCUAAAAAUAAUAACAACUACAGCUAAUUCAACAAAUAUAAAUUAUAUUCCAGAAUACAAAUAAUUUUAAACAUGAAAUUACAUUUAAUGUUUACAUAGAAAUGUAAAACUAUUAGCUAAAGUGAAAAAAAAAACUAAAACACCGCUUAAACUGAAACGAAAGAGCAAUAAUAAUAAUAAUAAUAAUAUGUGUAAGAAGUAACGUGACAAGUGCAAGUGCGGAUUAUGCAACUCAUGAGUGUAAUAAAACUAAAUCUAAAAAUCGUUUGCAAAUGGAGUAUCAUCAGUAUUCCUAAAAUAUGUAAGGUUAACGUUAAUUUUAAUUGUUUGUUAAUCCGAUUAUUUAUAUCUUAUAUGUUGUUAAUGUUUUAACCCUUUUAGGUUAUCCUAAUUAAUCUUUUAAUAUACAUAUAAGCUUAAGAGUUUGCAUACAUUUACUUAUUUACAACAUAUUUAAAGUGGCUAUUUUGAAAAUUCAGAAACAAGUAGAGCGUAUCAAAGCAAAGAGAUAUAAAUAUUUGAUCAUAGGAGGUGUGGACAGCAAAUACGUUGGUCUGCACAGCGUCAUAAUUUCUUUUAACAAAUUAGUUGACCCAACAUCAUAUCAUGAAAGUGCUAACCAAAAUAUGUAUGAACUCCACAGCGGCUUUAGUCUAACGGUUUACAAAUCGCUAGUCUAAAAACACUAAACAUUUAUACGUUGACCAACCGUUCACCGCUUUUACUCAAAUUUUCUAAAUUGGACAUAUGAUGUGGGGUCAACUACAUAUUUGUUUUUAAAAAAUCAUAAAAAGUUUAUAAACCUAAUUUGGUAAAAAUGAUCUUGUCUUCUUACCUCUUAAAUUUUUAAUUUUAGGUGAAAUUUCAAAUUUAUUAACUUAAAUUUAUGAUCAUUUACAGUUGGUAGACAGAGUGUGAAAUAAAGAAAAAUAUAUAAUGUUUUAUCUAUCAACUGCCAUGAAUAAGAUACCAACGUCUGAAUAAUUUUUCAAAAGCCCUUUCUCAAAAAAAAAAAAUCGUUCAAGUUUUGAUGUUGUGGAGUAUUCAGAGAUAAGAUGCGAUUUCGAAUGACUGACGAUAGCUCUGCUCAUUUGAUCAGGUGUGAAUUUCUCUAAAUUUAUAUCUUAAGAUUCUCUAAGCGUAUACAAUUUUCUUGAUUUAAUUUUCUUUUUUGUUAACUCUUGGCUACUUGAUUAUGCAAAAUCCACGGCCGUUCCGGAUAUUUGUCAUAUCCGGUAGGUACGUUCGCAUGACCCUCAUGCUAAACGUCCUCUCCCCACUGGUCCAUCGCAAAUUCGAAAGUAUUAGACACAAAGUAAAAGAUUAAAAAUUUGUAAUCUAUACACAACUAACUAUAGGUCUUUGCAUCGGUCCACACAAAUAUGAGAAAUAAUGUGGAUGUUAUAAUGUCACAAUUAUUAAAAAUCAUUCUUAUUUAUUAAUUAUUGUCCAGACAGAUUCAACGGGAGCCUCAUAUUAUUGCACAAACAAGUAGGAGUUAUAUAGUCUUUUUUUUUUUGCUAAGGAGUUAUAUAAUCUUUAAUUUUUCUUAAAGAAAUUAUAUAAUAGUCAUCAUUAUUCAAACUCUAUGGAUUCAAAAAAUCGAACUCGUCUAGAUUGAACACUUCUAAUUUUAACAGCUAAAAUUUUCAGUUAUUGUUUGUAUGUAUAUUUUAUCACUCAACCAUAUUUCAUAUGCUUUUUUAUAGACAUUAUCUGAUUCUUCCGCCAUGCUUUACCAAAGUCGUAGACCCUCAAAAAAUAUCUCAAGUUAGAUACAUUUAUUGUUUGAUCAAAAAGAAAAGAGAUACAUUUAUUGUAUGAAGCUACUAUAAAAAAAAAAUCAAACGUUUAAUGUUAGUUUUCCAAUGUCAGAUCUCAUCGCAUCUGUAGCUGCUCAGAUCUCUACGCAUUAAUUCCAAGUUCAUCCAAAACGAUACAUAGUACCCAUUUUUAAUUUUGAAUCAAUUUGGUAGAUACCGUGUCAUAAGACGUGUUAAACGAUCGCUAGACGGUACAUAUGAGUCUCUAGUGUCUAGUGCCUAAACAAAGCAUCGACGGAUAUAUAUAGUGUGCAAUCACUAUAUAAAAUAUAUAGUUACUGACAUUAAAAGUAAUAUAAUAUAUUAAUUUUUAGAAAAUUAAGAGAAAUAUAGUUUCAUGUAUACAUGAUUAGGGCCUAUACGUGAUGUUAACUUAUAAAAAUAAUUCAUGUUUAAUACAUAACGAUAGAAAAACAUAUAAAUUUAAAUUUAUUUCAAAAAAUAAAUAAAUUAGCAGUUUUAAAUACACAAGAUAAAUAGUAAAAAUAAUAUCUAUAUAACAAGACUAGUAUUUCAAUUUUGAAUAUAAAUGGUUGAAAUCUGUUUACAUGUUCGCAAUCGGAUAAUAUCCACUUAAAUGUUAUUAUGUACGUCUAUUUAUUUAAAUUCAUAUAAAAUAUUCUAUAACAUAAAAUUAUUAAGCGUGACUAUUUAGUCGCCGCCUAAACAUCUACUCCCUCUGUUUUUAAUAUAAGUUAUUUUAUAAUUGUGCACGUAUAUUAAGAAAUCAUUAUUUUUUUCUAUUUUCUUAACAAAAACAUCAUUAAUUAUUUAUCUAACCACAAAUCAACCAAUAAUAAAAUAUAAAGUAUAUUAUCAUUGGUCAUAUAACAUUAAGUGUUAAUAGAUUUUACAUAGAAAACCAAAAAAUUCAUAUAAUUUGAAACAUAAAAGUUUAUCUAAAACAAUUUAUAUUAAAAAACGAAGAGAGUAUGUAUACUGCAUUUUAUAACACUAAAUUAAAGAGGUGAAAGAUAAAUUAAAGUAUAUAGCAAUAUAUAGACUUUCUAAUUAUGUAAAUAACUACAAUGACGAAAGUAACUUUUGUGACUCUUUUUGAUAUAACAUGUUAUUGUACUUUAUUUUCAUGUGAUGAAAGUUUAUCGGAUGAGAUUACAAGCAAACUAGAUAAUUUAUUUUUCUUUAUUUAAUAAAAAGAUUGUAGUUUUAAAGUUUCCACAAACUUUAAAAUAAAAUUAAAAGACCAAAAUAAUCCUACUUUAAUAAAAACUUUAUAAAAAAAUUAUUAGAUAUAGUAAUUGUUUAAAUUAAUAUAGACAAAAUGGAUAAAAAUAUAAAGUUGGAUCGAAAAUACAAAACAACAAUCUUUGUAAAAUAAAUAAAAAUCUCAAAACUACUAUUUUCGUAGAAUGGAAGGUAUAUUUAACAUAAAAAAAUAACAAGAAACAAAUUUAUCUAUCUCGUAAAUCGUAACCGUUAAUAAAAUCAUCUAUUCAACAAAAAAAUAUCACAAAAAUGUAUUUUCAAAAAAAUAGUUAUUAUAUCUAUUGCUUCUUCAGAUGUGCAAAUCAACUUUUUACAAUUAAAUAUACAUAUUUUUGUUUUCCAAAAAACAAGAUCUCUCGAUAGUUUAUCAAAAACAAAAAGCAAAAUCUACCAAAUUGGGUAACCGGUUGCUCCAUAUUGUGGUAUUUUGGACAUGCGACUCGUCAGCCAAUUUCAUAAAAGAACUAUACAUUUCUUUUAACCCAUAUGCUCUUUUCAAGCCGAUAUUAUAUAAUACUAACUAAUAAAAAAAAUCAAACACUAUCAUUACUCAAAUCAAUACAUGCACAAAACAUUAUGAAGCCGCGUUGAGUCCAAAACCACUAUAAAGCGUUCACUAGUCCACAUCCACAUUCACAUUCUCAUUCAGAUAACAAAACGAAGACAUAAUACUUACUACCAAAAAAAACAAAAUUUUUGUGAUUCCUCAGGCAAUAUGGAAGAUUCAAGCUUUACGGAUUUGAUGCUGGACACUGACGAGUACUUGAUUGAUGAUUGGGAAUCCGAUUUUCCGGUGGUGCCAGUAGAAACCACGGAUCAUCAGGGUUCUGGAUCCGAAUCCGGGUUCAUGUUGAUACCCGAGAGACCUACAAAGCAACUGAAAGUCAACUCAACAUCUUCUUCUCCAUCAUCAUCUUCUUCUUCUGGUUCGCUCACAACGCCGCAAGUGAUCUCGUUCGGGGCUCCAGACCCGACGAUGAACUUGGUCGAGACAUCUUUUAACUUCUCCAACCAAGCAAACAUGAAUCAGAAUGCUGGGUCCAAAAGAAAAGAGUGUGGUAAUAAUGGAGGAAAAAGAGAGCCACAUCUAUUGAAAGAACAUGUUUUGGCUGAACGUAAACGUCGACAAAAGCUCAAUGAACGUUUGAUUGCUCUCUCUGCUCUUCUUCCUGGCCUCAAAAAGGCUGAUAAAGCAAGCGUUCUUGAAGACGCGAUUAAACAUUUGAAACAACUUCAAGAACGCGUAAAGAAGCUGGAGGAAGAGCGAGUUGGAACCAAGAAAAUGGACCAAUCGGUUAUAUUGGUAAAGAGAUCUCAAGUGUAUGUGGAAGAUGAUUCUUCAUCUUAUUCUUCAACUUGUUCAGCAGCUUCUCCUCCGUCUUCUUCUUUAGAUGAAGUUUCCAUCUUGAAGCAGACAAUGCCUAUGAUCGAAGCACGAGUUUCAGACAGAGAUUUGCUGAUUAGGAUCCAUUGUGAAAAAAACAAAGGGUGUUUAGUUAAGAUCUUGAGUUCACUAGAAAAGUUUCGUCUUGAAGUAGUCAAUAGUUUUACUUUACCCUUUGGAAGUAAAACUCUCGUUAUCACCAUUCUCUCUAAGAUGGACAACAAAUUUUCUCGACCUAUUGAAGAUGUUGUGAAGAACAUAAGACUUGCGUUAGCGGAAUAAUAUUGGGCAAAACCGUUACGUUAGUCAUCAAAAAGAAACCCGUUACGUUGAGUUGGAUAAUAAAAGCAGAGGCAUGAGAUAUGGGAUUUGUUGAGUUGUAAUAGUUGGAUUAGUGUUUGUGUCUGUGUACCCAGUGAUGGAUGUAUCAUUGGCUUGAUAUUUUCCCAAUAUCAAUGGUUUGAUUUGAUAAUGAAGAUCGAAGAUUUUUUUUUAA